CAACUAUUUGUGAUACCUUGUUUGUGAACCCUUGUGUGUUGUGUUUUACUCGGUCAGUGAAGUGAUGGUUGUUUGACCUGACUGUGUGUGUGUGUGUGUGUGUGUGUGUGUGUGUGUGUAGCUGUUAUUAGCAGGUGCAGUGCGUAUAGCAGUUAAUGGUAUAGCAGAUAAGGUUGAAUGUAGUAAGAGCUCGAUGGUGGUGCACUGCAGUGACGGCUGGGACGGUACGGCUCAGCUCACCUCUCUGGUCAUGCUGAUGCUGGACUCGCACUACCGCACACUCAGGGUCUUCCAGGUACUGAUCGAGAAGGAGUGGAUCAGCUUCGGACACAAGCUGGCCUCGGUGCGUAUGAGCAGUGAGGGCGUGGUUGUGUGUGGGCGUGUGAACGCAUGUAUAUUUAACCCCAUCUUUCUCUCUCUCCGUGUUUCUCAGCGUGUCGGCCUUGGAGAUGAGAAUCACGCCAACUCGGAACGAUCCCCUCUCUUUGUGCAGUUCAUCGACUGUGUGUGGCAGAUGAUGAGACAGGUCAGCUAUUGAUGCUUGACACCACAACACUGUUGAAUUCUCCAAUCUGAUUGGUCAGAAGGCGUUGGCGACAUUUCUGUAACAGCAAGAUUCUGAUUCCAGCUGCAAGGGAAAUUACAGAUUUAUAGUGAUGUGCUCGUUCUCGUUUCUAUAGUAAUAGCUCAUUGACAGGGUCUAGUAUGGUGUACGCAAUACAUAGUCUAAGCUUAAUCGUAAACAUAUUAUAAACAUGUUACUUAAAGAAAAAAAACGUAUGAUCAUUGUGAUCUAGUUAAGAUUUAUAAGUUAUCUAUUUAUGGAAGUUUUAUGGAAGUUUUAUGGAAGUAGUCUCCAGUGUCACGGCAGAGAGGACAUUGCACUUUCCAGUUUCUCAGUAACAUUGCAAGUCUUAUUAAUUUCAAGA